CCUUCUCUUUCUUUCUUCACCUUCGUGUGUCCCUUCGGUUGUCUCGCGCGAACUGUUGCAUUCCUCCUCCUCCUCCUCCUCCUUCCUCUGCAUGCAUGUGAGCGGCGACGACGGCGGCGGCGGAGGCGGCGGAGAUCGAGCAUGGACACCGGGAAACCCGCCUCCGGGCUCGGAUCCGCGGCGGCCCACCUGACCCGACCCGCGUGGACGCCGCCCCUCCUCCUCCUGCUGUCUUUCCUCGCCGUCCUCGCCUUCCAGAUCGCCACCAGGCCGGUCCCGGCGGUCGUUCCGCCGCCGCCCCCCUGCCCCGCCGCCGCCGGUGGUGCGCCCGCCUGGCCCGGGAGCUGCGCGGGGUUCUUCCGCGGGUCCCCGCAGGCGAGGAAGGUGGUGAUGUCGCUGCGGGACUUCGGAGGGGUCGGCGACGGCGGGAGGCCGGAGACCGAGACGUUCCGGAGGGCGGUGCGCCACAUGCGACUGUUCGGAGGCGCGGGCGGGUCGCAGCUGAACGUGCCCAAGGGGACGUGGGUCACGGGGAGCUUCAACCUCACCAGCAAUUUCACCCUCUUUCUCGAAGAGGGUGCUCUGAUCCUGGGCUCUCAGGACCCAAACGAUUGGCCCAUCAUUGAGCCUUUACCAUCUUAUGGAAGAGGAAGAGAGAGAUUAGGAGGGAGGCACAUAAGCCUUAUCCAUGGGAAUGGCCUCACUGAUGUUGUCAUCACAGGAAACAAUGGGACAAUAGAUGGUCAGGGGAGGAUGUGGUGGGAACUAUGGUGGAACAGAACAUUGGAGCACACACGAGGCCAUUUGGUCGAACUCGUGAACUCACACAACGUUCUCAUCUCCAAUCUUACCUUCAGAAAUUCACCCUUUUGGACGAUUCAUCCCGUUUACUGCAGUAACGUAGUUAUAAAAGACAUGACGAUCUUGGCUCCCCUCAAUGCCCCAAAUACAGAUGGUAUUGAUCCAGACUCGUGCAGCAAAGUGUGCAUCGAAGACUGUUACAUUGAGAGCGGGGACGAUCUUGUAGCGGUAAAGAGUGGAUGGGACCAAUAUGGAAUUGCAACAGCGCAUCCUAGUUCGGAUAUUAUUGUUAGGAGAGUAUCAGGAACCACUCCCACUUGCUCUGGGGUUGGGAUUGGUAGUGAGAUGUCGGGAGGGAUUUUAAACGUAACUAUAGAAGAUCUGCAUGUCUGGGACUCUGCCGCCGGAAUCCGUAUCAAGACAGAUAUUGGUCGAGGAGGCUAUAUAGCUAAUAUCAGUAUAAGUAAUGUGAUGAUGGAACGGGUCAAAAUUCCCAUAAGAUUUAGCAGAGGUUCUAAUGAUCACCCAGACAAGGGAUGGGACCCGAAAGCCAUUCCUAGAGUGAAGGGUGUAUUCAUAAGCAAUGUGGUGAGCGUGAAUUCUACAAAAGGCCCCGUCUUAGACGGUAUGAAGGUUUCACCAUUCGAAGAGAUAUGCAUGAGAAAUAUCAGCUUGAUUGGAUUACCUCCGUCUGCGAAUUGGCACUGUGAAUUUCUUUCGGGUUUCGCUGAUGACGUCUCUCUAGUGCCGUGUCCUGAGUUGCAGGACAAUAGUUCGACAUUCUCCUGUCCUUAGAAACUGGAGGAUUUGCGUUUGUACAGCAAUAUGAAAAUGAUAUUCUCGAUACUAUUGCAGCGAUGAAAGACAUUUCCGGAGAAAAGGACUCGAAAUAUGAGAGUCUUCUGAUUCUGUUUACGUGACAGAAAGGCCGAGAUGUCGAGAUUUCUGUUACAUGAAUUCGAGGAGGCAUUCUGGGCUCAGCAAGAGCCCCCACUAUAGGAGAGAACGGCAGACUCUCGUAAGUUACAUUGGCGUGAGGAAGAGAUGCUUUUGGCGUGAUCGACAGUUACUGGAUUUACACAUUAAAACAACAUUCAUUGAUUCAAAUGAUUUUUCUGCAUUCUUUGAUAUUGUGGAUAUACACAGCAAGAGGAGAGAUCAGGUUGUACAGAAGAGGAUGGAGACUGUAACGUGGCCUCACGUGAAAGUUGAUACUGGUUAUUCAGAAGUAACAUUGAGCUGCUGUAUUUUUUACUUGAUUUGUGUGUCAUAGAGUUUCAUGUGGGAUUUGAAUCACAUCGUCAAUCCUGUUGAGUGUCAAACUUGCUUAUAUAGGGAAUUAUACAAGUCCGUCCAUAGUUAAUUUAAAUUACAACGAUAGUUAAUUUUUCUUCA